ACGAGAAUGUUACAAAGAGUCUCUGGUACUUUUAUAAAUUGGUUUGUUUCGUCUUUGAAACUCCAUGGAACCAAUCUCAAAACAUUAAAGCAAUCUCAUUGUUUCAUGAUCAUAACCGGUUUAAACCGAGACAACCUCAUCGUUGCCAAAUUCAUCGAAGCAUGUUCUAAUGCUGGACAUGUCCGGUAUGCUUACUCUGUUUUUACCCAUCAGCCAAAUCCCAAUACUUAUAUCUGCAACACCAUGAUCAGAGCUUUAUCUCUCGUUGAUGAACCCAAUGCGAACUCAACCGCGGUCUCGGUUUACAGAAAGUUCUGGGCUUUGUGUUCUAAGCCAGACACGUUUACUUUCCCGUUUGUGUUGAAGAUCGCUGUGAGGGUUUCUGAUGUUUGGUUUGGGAGACAGGUUCAUGGGCAAACUCUGGUUUUUGGGUUUGAUUCCAGUGUCCAUGUUGUUACAGGUUUGAUUCAGAUGUAUUCUUCGUUUGGUGGUGGGUUGGGAGAUGCACGUAAGGUGUUCGAUGAAACGCGUGUGAGAGAUGUGAAUGUUUGGAAUGCGUUAUUAGCUGGGUAUGGUAAAGUUGGUGAGAUGGAUGAAGCGAUGGGUUUGCUUAAGAUGAUGCCUUGUUGGGUAAAGAAUGUGGUUUCUUGGACUUGUGUGAUCUCUGGAUAUGCGAAGAGUGGACGACCUAGUGAAGCUAUUGAAGUGUUUCAGAGAAUGCUGAUGGAGAAUGUUGAGCCAGACGAAGUUACGCUCUUGGCUGUGCUUUCAGCUUGUGCUGAUCUUGGUUCACUUGAAUUGGGGGAAAGAAUAUGUAGCUAUGUUGAUCACCGAGGGAUGAAGAGAGCGGUUUCAUUGUACAACGCGGUCAUUGAUAUGUAUGCGAAAUCAGGGAAUAUAACAAAGGCGUUGGAGGUGUUUGAGAGUGUUAGUGAGAGAAAUGUUGUUACUUGGACGACUAUAGUUACUGGACUAGCUACGCAUGGACACGGAGCUGAAGCCUUAGCGAUGUUUAACCGUAUGGUUAAAGCAGGUGUGAGACCGAACGAUGUUACUUUCAUUGCAAUCCUUUCAGCAUGCAGCCACGUUGGUAUGGUCGAUCUUGGAAAAUGUUUGUUUAGCUCAAUGAUAUCGAAGUAUGGUAUUCAACCAAACAUUGAGCAUUACGGAUGUAUGAUUGACUUACUAGGACGAGCAGGUUCACUUCGAGAAGCAGAAGAAGCUAUUCAAAGCAUGCCCUUUGAGGCAAAUGCUGCAGUAUGGGGUUCUCUUCUUGCAGCUUCAAAUGUUCAUCAUGAUCUUGAGGUUGGAGAAAGAGCUUUGAAUCAGCUGAUUAAGUUAGAGCCGAAUAACAGCGGCAACUACAUGCUUUUAGCCAAUUUAUACUCGAAUUUAGGAAGGUGGGAUGAGUCGAGGAUGAUGAGGAAGAUGAUGAAAGGGAUUGGUGUGAAGAAACUGGCUGGUGAAAGCUCCAUAGAAGUUGGAAACAGAGUGUAUAAAUUCAUUUCAGGGGAUCUUUCGCAUCCUGGAGUCGACAAGAUUCAUGAAAUUCUACAAGAGAUAGAUUUGCAAAUACAGAGCAACAAAGUUUGAGGAAAAAAUAAUCUGAACUUUGAUCAGAUUGAGUUGAUCAACAAUGAAUGGCUUCUCUUCUCAGAGACCUGAAACCAGAAGAGCAUAGAGUCAACGCAGCUGGCUGACUCAGACAAUAUGACGAAAAAAGAAACUCAUGGUUAAUUCCGGUUCCGGUUAAACGGCAAAACAGGAGGAGAAAUCUGCCGAAGAGUAGAGAUAUGAGCCAAACCGAAGCCUGUUUUUCUUCGGGAAGGUUUCGAGUUCAUGCUCAGGCUUUGGCCCAAUAUGAAAGCCUUAUUUUUGCAGGGAAAAAGGCUUAUGUUUUUUUUUUCUUCAUUGUGUGUAGUCUAAUAUUUUGUUUUUGACAUCUUGUGUAGUCUUCUAAUUAAUCUAAUAAAAUU